AUGGAUACUGCCUGGUGUACUAUUUGCAACCGCCAUUGUGCUGAUGACAACUCACUUUAUUGCUCUGAAGACUGCCGCAUCAAAGAUACUCAAAUUCCUUCUGCAACCGAUAUUCCAUCCAUUCCGCUUUCGCCUCCCACAUCUCCAUGCAUUUCAUACGCACGCUAUACAUCGACCAACAAGUCAUCCAACUACUAUGGUGGCUACUUCCUUCCAUCACCUCCCAGCUCGCCUUCAAGUUCUUUCUUGGACACCUGA